AGGGCAGGCUCCCUGGAUUGGCGGUGGGCGUGGCCGCUUCAGUCAGUCUGGUCCCGGAGCACGGACCGGAGCGGGCGGAGGGGGGAGGAUGUUGCCCGGCCGGAGGAACGUUUACGUGCUGCUGGAUGUGCUAUGCGUGUGUGUCGCAUCCUUGCCAUUCAUUAUUAUGACACUGGUAAACAGGCCAUACAAACGAGGUUUCUAUUGCGAUGAUGAAUCAAUUAGAUAUCCAUACCGAGAAGACACCAUAACUCAUGGUCUGAUGGCUGGAGUCACCAUUUCCUGCACAGUUAUAAUUAUCACUUCUGGGGAAAUGUAUAUGGUAUUUUCAAAGCGCCUGUACUCCCGCUCAGAGUGUAAUAACUACGUGGCUGCCCUCUACAAGGUGAUAGGAACAUUUCUGUUUGGUGCCUCUGUCAGUCAGUCUCUCACAGAUCUAGCCAAGUACAUGAUAGGCCGACCACGUCCCAACUUUAUAGCUGUGUGUGACCCUGACUGGAAAAUGAUUAACUGCUCUGCAUAUGUGACAGAAUUGGAAUGUCGGGGCAGCCAUGCCAAUGUGACAGAGUCAAGGCUGUCUUUCUAUUCUGGGCACUCUUCGUUUGGAAUGUAUUGCAUGUUGUUUCUCUCGUUAUAUAUCCAGGCCCGGUUGUGUGGAAAGUGGGCUCGCCUUCUGAGGCCCACCGUACAAUUCUUCCUCUUGUCCUUUGCCUUGUAUGUUGGAUAUACACGUGUAUCUGAUUAUAAACACCACUGGAGUGAUGUUCUGGUGGGACUUCUUCAAGGGGCACUUGUUGCCACGCUCACAGUGCAUUAUGUGUCUGAUUUCUUCAAAGUUAGACCACCUCUUCAGUGUACCAAAGACCCUCUUGAGACUAAACCAAGUCUUCAAUUGUGUGAAACGGACCAGAAUCACUUUGUAUACCUGGGAGGAUCAUGAGUUUUCUCUGCCCCUCUGAGCUGCACCAACUUAACUGUUGAGCUUUCCCUGGCUAGAAGGCCUAUAUCUACAUCAGCUGGCCGCUUCAAGGGGCUUAUGGACAGAACAGGCGGGUUUCUCCUGGAAGAGACACGCUUGAAUUUUUUUAAACGAGAAUUUGUGACCAUCCCUUUUUUUCAGCACAAAAGCCAAAGUAACUUUUUAUAUAAAUUUAUGUAUAAAGAGAGAAAUAUUGAUAUCUCUAUUUGAAUUGUGUAUAAGAUUGAAUGUUUUGUAAGUAUCUUUCCGAUUUGUUAGGAAAUGAAUGAGCAAGAUUAGAGCUCUGUGUGCAAUAUGAAAAAUUAUGUGUGCUAGGUAGGCAUUCGGAGUGAUGAGUUGUUUCCCUACUCUCUACCUGCCAAAGUUUGGUAUGAGCUGGGCAUCGUAGUGGGUGCAUGAGUCCAUUUUGUGUUCUCUUUCUCAUGUGUACAAUCUGACUGCUCUCCUUCUAUAAGCAGGAGAGAUCACGCAGUAGAGCAGUUAUCCUUUCUUUUUGCAUAGAAUGAGUAUGUGUGUGACUUGAAUUGAAACCACUGCUUUAUACCUCUCCACUUUCAAAUGAAUGACCAGAACCUAUGGAGCUAUGGGGAGAGGUUAAAGGAAAAAAAGCCUCCUUAACACUUGUAUAUAUUACGUUUAUUGGGUUUAACUGUGUAUGUAUUAUACGCCAAAUCUAUGGGCUGUAAAUAAAGCAAUAACCCCAUCCUCAUUUGGCUGUGAAUGGGUUUAACAUUU